AUGGAAUGGUUUAGGGUUCCGGCAGCGGCGUUGUUGGCGAGCCUAGGAAAUAAAGAUUCUGCAACAUGGAGAACAAGGUCAAAGGGAGAGAGGAGGAACAACCUUGAUUUCUCAAAGGGUCCUACUGAAUUGAGGCCUAGAGAUAAUUUUGGAUUUCAAGAAGAUAACAAAUUUGAAAGCUUUAAUUUCAAUAUGUCCGAAAACAUUGCGAAAAGCCCUAUUAGAAAUGGUAUCUAUAAUAUGAAUUCUGUGUAUCAAAAUCCUAAUGUCAAUUUGGGAAAUAUAGCUGGAAGCAAAUACAGCAAUAACAACCUCAACAAGGAGCCUGUCAAGAGCAGCAGUAACAAGGAGGAGAACACAAAUGCGAGCAGUGCAGUGGACAAAAGGUUUAAGACUUUGCCUGCGGCAGAGACUCUUCCUAGGGAUGAGGUUCUUGGUGGCUAUAUCUUUGUUUGCAACAAUGACACAAUGCAGGAAGAUUUAAAGCGACAACUAUUUGGUUUACCACCAAGAUAUAGAGACUCUGUGAGGGCAAUAACACCAGGCUUGCCCCUGUUCCUCUACAAUUACACUAAUCAUCAGUUGCAUGGUGUUUUUGAGGCAGUGAGUUUUGGAGGUUCCAACAUUGACCCUACUGCUUGGGAAGAUAAAAAAUGUAAAGGCGAGUCGAGGUUCCCUGCUCAGGUAAAGAGUCGUGUAAGGAAACUCUGCAAACCUUUGGAGGAAGAUGCUUUUAGGCCGGUUUUGCAUCAUUAUGAUGGUCCCAAGUUUCGUCUUGAGUUGUCUGUACCUGAGACCUUGGACUUGCUGGAUCUUUGUGAACAAGCUGGCGUGUCGAGUCCUGCUGCUGAUACUCGCUGCCAAGAAUGA